GGUAAGGAUGCAGUGCUCUGUAGCAGCAGCAUCAGUACCGAGGCGGCUGUACGGAGCGGAGGCUUCACCGAGGACCUGGGCUCAUAACUCGUCUACAGCUCUCAGCCUGGCUCCCGGAGGCGCCAGCAUGGAGGAGCAGAAGGAGUCCCUUCAGAAGAUCGUCACCACGUUGGCUCUCAAAAAUGAGGAGAUCCAGAACUUCAUCUGCUGCAUGAAGCAGAGUCUGCAGAACUUGGAGGCGAAUUCCACACGUGUUCAGGAGGAUCUGGAGUCGGAGUUUACCUCUCUUCAUGCUGUUCUGGACGAGCUAAAGGAGGGCAUGGUCACCCGGAUCAAACAGGAGCGGGCCAGUCGCACAUAUGAGCUACAGAAUCAGCUAAGUGCCUGCACCAAAGCCCUGGAGAGUUCAGAGGAGCUGCUGGAACUGGCCAAUCAGACGCUCUGUUCCACUGAGACUGACGGCUUCUCUCAGGCGGCCAAAGACAUAAAGGAUAGUGUUACUAUGGCUCCAGCGUUUCGGCUCUCUCUGAAGGCUAAAGCCAGUGAUAAUAUGAGUCAUCUGAUGGUGGACUUCACUCAGGAGAGGGAGAUGCUGCAGGCCAUCAAAUUCCUCCCAGUUCCACCUACUCCAGAGAUCCAGGCGUCCGAGUGUCAGGUGUGUGAUAAUUCUAUCACUGUGGUUUGGACGUUACCAGAGCCUGACUCUAAAAUCGACCACUAUGACCUUGAAUACCGGCGGAUUAACCACGAGGGACCACCCAGAGCCCGGGAAGACUACCCCUGGAUGGUGGUGGAGGGCAUUAAAGAGAGCGAAUUCACACUCACAGGCCUUCGAUUCGACACGCGCUACAUGACCUUCCGGGUGAAGGCGUGUAACAAAGCUGUAGCUGGAGAGUUCUCUGAGCUGGUUACUCUGGAGACACAUGCUUUUGUGUUUAAGCUGGACUCAGGCUCGUCCCAUCAGAAUCUAAAGGUGGAGGAUUUAAGUGUGGAGUGGGACAGCAGUGGCGGGAAGGUUCCGGUUCAAGACAUUCGGAAAGAAAAGAACAGGACCAACUCCCCCAUGCACUCUCCUGCCAGGUCAGCAAUGAUGUCUCCGAAGAGAGCACCAUCUGCUCGAGUGGGUCGCGACCGCUUCACAGCAGAGUCCUACACCGUUCUGGCUGACACUAUGAUAGAUGCUGGGCAGCAGUACUGGGAGGUGAAGUUUGAUAAGGAAAGUAAAGCCUUCGCUGCGGGAGUAGCUCUGCGCUCGCUGGGACGAUUCGACCAGCUGGGGAAGAGCAACGCGUCCUGGUGCAUCCACCUGAACAACUGGCUUCAGCAGAGUCUCACAGCCAAGCACAACAACAAGGCCCGGACACUGGACUGCCCCAUCCCUGACCGCAUCGGCAUCUACUGCAACUACGAGGAGGGCACGCUUUCUUUUUACAACGCCAAAACCAAAACACUCAUGCACACGUUCAGAACCAAGUUCCAGCAGCCAGUUAUUCCAGCUUUCAUGGUGUGGAAUGGGAGUUUCUCUGUACAGACGGGUCUGCAGGUGCCCACAAUUGUGCAGAGCGGGCAGAAGAGAAACAGUAACACCAGCAGCUCCAACGCCAGCCUCACCUAAACCUUCACCAGCCCGGCCUCACCAGACCCUGCACCGCUGUAGAACUGUAGCCUGGAGCUCAGGCUUAUAGCAGCCAACGUGAGCAGCGGCCUGAACUGGAUCAAGCCCGUUAGUCCGUCCCACCCAUAAUGCAUCUGGCCCUUGUGAGGGAGCUGUAGCAGCCUGCUGCGUUUCACUCAGCUCAGCUCUCUGUGCCUUUAGCUUUCUGACUCCGGCCGUGGACGAGCAGCACGCUUCAGAAUCAGCAGUUGAGUUGCUUGAAUCACCGGAGGCCGAAUGUGGUCGUGCAUUAUUCUGUAGAUUCUUAUUCUGCUCAUUCCAACUUCUUACAAGUGUGAAUUUGGGAAUUUCACCUUAAAAGUGAUGUAAUUGCAUUGAAAAAUGAGCGUUGCUAUUCAGAUAUACUAGGGCUGGACCCGAAUAUUCGGGUAUUCGGAUAUUCGUUCGUUGAUUAGGUAUUCGGUUUUUAAUUUUGGUAUUCGGAUAUUCGUUUUUUUUCUCCUUUCCAGAGUUCCACCUCAGUCUAACCACUUCUGUUUUCGCGGGUCCCGUCAGAAUAUCUUGCGCGCGGGACAGAACUGAACUGUUAUUGGCUGGAGCGGGAGUUUAAUCCAGACGAUGCGGGAGCAAAUUAAUAAAUAGUUAAGAAAACUGUAAUAAUUGUAAAAAAAAAAAAAAAACUAAAGAAAACUCUCAACGCGCAGGAUGGACCGACACACACGCACACACCGAUGGUGUUUGGACUGGGGUAAGAAACGGGACCGCACUAUUCAGCACUGCUGUUUUAAUAAAUAUAUAAGUAAAUUUGAAGCAUUAAAUGUAGUUUAUUUAAUUUAUAUUAGGAACGUGGGGCGGGAGCGGCAGAAAUGUGUAUGUGGCGGGCGGGCGCGGGAUUAAAAGAAGCAAUUUUUUUGCGGAGCGGUAACGAGACAGAAACGCGGGAGCGUGGAAGAGUGGGUUUAAAAAUCAGUCUCGCGCAGACCUCUAUUAUACAUGAUAAAAAAAAAACGAAACUGAUUUAUAUAAUAAAACGUAAGGGGUAAUGUGGCAACAGUAGGGGCUAAAUCGGUUACAAAAGCCUGGCCUACAAAAAUGAUGUCUGAACGAAUUUCCUCUUAUCUAAUAUAAUUUAAAAUGGUUUAAAAAUAUAAAAUAAUUUCUAAGCAAACGAAAUAUUUAAUAUUGAGCUUAUAGCCCAAGUGCAAAAAUACAAAAUCAGUAAUACGGCUAUGCCCUGCACAAUGCUUAAACCGAAAUAGACCAAGUACAAUAACGUCAUUAACAAUGACUUUCCUCUACUCUAAUAUAAUUUAACAUGGUUUAAAAAUAUAAAAUAAUUUCUAAACAAACGAAAUAUUUAAUAUUGAGCUUAUAGCCCAAGUGCAAAAAUACAAAAUCAGUAAUAUGCCCUGCACAAUCCUUUAACCGAAAUAGACCAAGUACAGUUUACAAUGACUGUCCUCUAAUAUAAUUAACAAUGUUUAAGAAUAUAAAAUACUUCCUGAACAAACGUUUUUUUUGUUUGUUUUUUUAAGCAAAUAGCCUAAGUGUGAAAACACAAACAGCAAUUUACUGGGCUGGCUUGCGCAGCGGAGAAACCAUGCAGCAGCAGCAGCCUCCUAGCCUGCUUACGCAGCGGAUAAGCCGCGGUGUAGGGCAGCAGAAAUUCCGGGAUGAAAACACGAUGAAAUCUGGGCUAAAAACACAGAAAAAAUAUGGGGUGAAAACACAAAAAUCCGGGAUAAAAACACCAAAAAUCCGGGGUGAAUAUGUCUCGUCGGUCAGAGCAAAUUGAACAUUUUUCAGUGGAUUAAAGGGGCCGUGAUUUCCUUUUUUUUUUUUUUUUUUUUUUUUACCUCUUUUUUUAAAAACGAAUAUUCGAAUAUUCGCUUUGAAUCAGUGCCGAAUAUCCGGAGCUCAAAAAACGCUAUUCGGGCCAGCCCUAAGAUAUACCCAUUAUUAUGUAACUUCUUGGCGAGAAUGAUUUGGUGAAAAAUAUAAUGUACACAGUUUUUUACUUGCUACCUGUUUCAUGACAUUACAUCCAAUUGCAUUGACUGACUGCAUUUUUUAAACACUAACUAAACCCCCUGAUUUUAGCUGACAAAAAUUGGAAAAAAAAAGAAAAAAAAAGUAGGAGUAGCAAUUUGCCAGGGGCACUGGGUGAUGUAUGGGUUUAGGGGUGGGGCUAGAAGGGAGAGCUGAAUGGGCUGAGCAGUGUGCCUCUGAUAGCGCUGAGACGCAGAUGGUUGGGCGCCACCAGGGGCGGUAUUAUUGAUUGACUGAUUUGCAUAUUGUACAUCAUACUGCAAGGGUACUGCUAUUUCUGGGGUUGUUUGUUAACAUUCCUCGAUCCACAGUCUCAUAUGUGUUUCAGGAAAGCUACUGUUAUCCGACCUCACUCCCACUAAACACUGGCCAGAGUUCAGCCUUGCUCACAAGAUAACACCUUAUAACUUAUACAGGUGUGGAUGUUCCCAUGCGGUCCCCUAAAGUAAUAUUUAGUAAUCAGUUCAGAUACUGCUACAGCUCUGGAAAAAAUUAAGAGGCCACUUCAGGUUCUGGAUCAGUUUCUCUGGUUUUGCCAAGAUUUAUAGGUAUAUGUUUGAGUAAAAUGAACAUUGUUGUUUUAUUCUACGGACAACAUUUCUCCCAAAUUCCAAAUAAAAAUACUAUCAUUUAGAUUAUUUAUUUGCAGAAAAUCAGAAAUGGCUGAAAUACGAGUUCAGAAAUCAAUAUUUGGUGGAAUAACCAUGUUUUUUUUUUUUUUUUUUUGAAGUUUUUAUGCAUCUUGGCAUGUUCUCCUCCACCAGUCUUACACACUGCUUUUGGAUAACUUUAUGCAUUUACUCCUGGUGCAAAAAUUCAAGCAGUUCAGUUUGGUUUGAUGGAUUGUGAUCAUCCAUCUUCUUCUUGAUUAUAUUACAAUGGUUUUCAAUUUGCUAAAAUAAAAAAAACUCAUUAUUUUUAAGUGGUCUCUUAUUUCCAGAGCGGUAUAUUAGAGAUGAUGAGCCAGUAGCUCUAAGUCAGUAACUAAAACUAAACUAAAUACACUUCUUUGCAUUAUUUUUCACCAAAGCAUUUCGUUAAAGGCUUGUGUGUGUUUGUGUGUUGCAUUCUCACACUCUGAAUGUCAUUCUUAUUAUGCUUCUAUAAUUGUGUGAGCUGCUUCAGAUCUGCUACAGAUCUGCUCUGCACUGAGUAGGAUAGCACACUAACCUAGUCCUGGUACAGUAGAACAAUACUUACAGAAUGUAUUUAUCAUUACAGAGCCAGCAGCAUCCUGAACACUGGGUUAGAGAGCAUUUACUUAAAUAUAUAAACCGGGUCUGGGCAAGCAUACUCCAAUCAAGCAUAACAUUAUGACCAUCUUCUUGUUUUUUUACAUCUUUUAUAGUUCAAUAAUUACAGACUGUAGUUCUUUGUCUGUUUCUCUGCAUAUUUUAAUAUUAUCCUCCUUUUACCCUGUUCUUCAGUGAUCAGGACCCCACAGGAGAGAAAACCACCACAGAGCAGCUAUUAUUAUUUGGGUGUUGGAUUAAUCAAUUAAUCAAUCAAUCAAUCAGUGCUACUAUGAUCGGGAGGUCGCUGGUUCGAAUCCUGGUCAUGCAGCUUGCCAUUAGCUGCUACAGCCCUGAGAAAGCACAAUUGGCCUAGCUCUCUCUGGGUGGGUAUAUGGCGCUCUUUCCCCUCAUCACUCCUAGAGUGAUGUUGAUUAGCAUAAUAUAAAAUAAGUCCGAAAACUAAUAAGAAAAAAAUACAAUUUAAAAAUUAAGAAUCAUAAAAAAAUAAAGGUAUAAUAAUUAAAGUUAAUAAAAUUAGUCAAUCAAAAAAAAAAAAACAGAUGAAUAAUUAAAACUAACUUAACACAUAAAACAUUAAAACAUAAAUAAGCAAUAACUAAAAACAAUAAAAGAAAAAAUAAGAAGAGUAAUAGAGGAAAGGUAAAAAGACAGCUAAAGUAACGUUACUGUAUUUUUUGCACUAUAAGGCGCAUCGUAUUAUAAGGUACAUUAUAAACGAAUGUCCAUUUUCUGGUAUGUUUUCAUACACAAGGCACACCAGAUUAUUAAGCGCAUUUUAAGAGACACUAUAAGGAACUUAUAAUUCAGCAGGUAAAUCUAAGCUAAGGAAACAAAGCUGUGAUAAAAAAAAGAUUCUUUUAAAGUCAAAUAAGCGCUGGAGGUUAAUCUACACAGAUUUCUCUCCUAAAACUGUUUAUAUGGGUGAGUAAAGUGAUUCCGUUUAUUUACAGUGAGCUUACAUUUCUGAAUUUCUCUAGCACCUAGACUGGAGGAUUAGCAUUAGCGGCUAACCGCUAGCAGGUAAUGCUAAAGCUACUCCAGCAGUCCUACCCCUACCCGGGGUUAAGAGCAGACUACAGGCCGAUAAUGCUUACCUCUGAAUGGGGAAAUAGCGGUUAGCUGCUAAUGCUAAUGCUGCUCCAGCCCCAGUGCUAAAGAAAUAGACUUAAACUGCUUUUACUGCUUCUUACAACCUGACUGGUAAAAUUCAUACAUAAGGCUUAUUAGAAGCACUAAUGAAUUUUGGAAAAAAAUUAAGGAUUUUAAGUGCAUGUUAUAGUGCGGAAAAUUUGAUAUUUUGAGUAUCAAAAUGAGAAAAAGGUAAUUAAAUAACCAAAAACAAACAUAACUAAAACAGAUACUAAAAUCAUACAAAAAAACAAAAAUCAGCUAAAACUGAGUCAGGCAGGAUGAUGAUAAAGUAUACAGAGAAACAGAUACAGAACUACAGUCUGUAGUUAUUAUAGAACUACAAUGUGCUCCAAUAUGACUGGUGGAGCUAAUUAUGUGAUUGAUUAAGGGAAUAUAAUAGUAAUGUAGAAACAAAGUGGUGGUCACAGUAUUAUGUUUGAUAUAUUUUGAGUAUAUGUCAGCAAGGGUGUGUGUGUGUGUGUGUGUGUGUGUGUGUGUGUGUGUGUGUUGGUAGGUUUGCGUGAGAGAAACCAUAAUGUAUUGUUGCCUUUGUAAUGGCAGAGUUCUCCACAUAUAACAGGCAUUACUAGUUUUUGCUGCACGUUGUUCUGCAAACAAAGGGCAGACGAUUGUAUCAUGUUUUUGUUCUGAUUUUUGUGGUGCUAUUAAUAUGAUUUUUAUUCUACGUCCCGCUGACGGGAUCCCACUGGCACGCUCCUGCAGUCUGCUGUAAUUCUUCUGUAAGUAAUAAUACAUAUAACCUGCAACGCUUCUCAGCUGAAACGGUAGAGUUUUAACAGUAUUUUCCCGUCCAGAACAGAAUUCACACUGUAAAGACCUCCACUAUGUAUUCCCAGGCAAGGUAAUAAAACACUGACACCGCU